UAUAACCGGAGAAGGUGUUCCACCUUGAAAAGUGCUAAACUAGCUAAUCAAUCAUUUCACGUGGCUACGAAGAGCCGUUUGCCUUAUCAGUGCACAACGGUCUGCAAAGAACAACACUGUGCUAGUAAACGUUAUUUUUUGUGUGCCAUCGAAUACUAACAUAGAACCACCUAUCGCGUUAUGUUUUGAUUGUUUUAUUCGGAAUAUAGCACAAAGUAUUGGAGUAUUGUCAAUUGAUUUGAAGUGCUUAAAUUUUGUCACGAAUAGCCCGGCGUAAUGAUCAUUUCAAGCACUCGUAACAAUCAUUAUCCGCUAUGGUGAGUGGACGUCCUUUACUUUACCUAUCGCUGCCCAGUUUAGCCAUAUUGAUUGGAUUGGUUUGGUUUCGCCGAAAAAAAUCUAUUGGAUUUGAUUCUGGUGGCAAGAAGGAUGUCGAAGAAUUAGGUUCCAUUGACAAGUCUAAUGCAGAGGCUAACGGUAAGCUGGAAAUGGAUAUCACCGGGACUGACUUGAAGCAAACCGAAUCAUUACCGAUAUCAUCGCCUUCGAUUUCUGGCAAAGGCGAAUCUGGUAAGAAUCAAUCCUCAUCAUCAUCGUCGUCGUGUAGUGGAAAGUCGGCACCAAUCGAUAUAGUAUCAAACACGAGAAGUCCACCGAAAAUAUCAGACCAACAGUUGGAUGCCGAGUUGUUGAAACUUAAGAUUCAGGAAUCCGAUAUAAGAAAUCUUCGCUUGAUCGAGGAACAGGACGAUUAUUCCAGCUUUGAGUCUCCCGUAAAUUUACCGGGAACAGUCGAACGUUAUCAAAACUUCAAUAAAUUUAACAAGUCGUUAGAACCUCAAGUGGAACCGGUUGUCGUGAAAGCCACUAUGGUGGCAAAAGUUUCUCCUACCAACUCUUUUGCCACUGAGCUAACACCACCGAGAGACCGAGAGAUACGGCACAAGAAUAGUAAAAUCACAUCCUCACAACAGGACAUGGCAAACAAUAAUCUAACUUUAGAUCAUUCCGAACAAAACGGAAUACUAGAUAAAAUGCAUGUAAUAACAAAAGAUGAUACAAUCAAUAACAAUAAUGAUGAGGGACAGCAGAAUGGCCAUACCGCUGUGGAUGAGAAUAAAGAACAUUCUCCAGCCGUGAGCCCUCCACUCAGCGUUUGUAGUAUGCAUUCGGGAGAUUCCGGGAAAGGUUCCAGCCCACCUCAUUCAGAAUAUGCUCCUGCUACCAGCUACGAUUUCCUGCUUCCUGUUUAUCUGGUAGCAAAAAUUUUGGGUCGAAAUGGAAGAUUCGUACAGAAAAUCAAGAAUAAAUCCGGCGCCAACGUCCUAAUUAAGCGGAAUCCCGAGACGCAUGAGACCAAAAUUUGCACUUUAGAAGGAACACAGGCUGAAAUAGACAAAGCACUGGCGCUAAUUCGCAGAAAAUUCCCCGAGAAAAGAUUUAAGUCUCUUACCCUGCAACAGGUGCAAGUUGGAAACAUCGAAAAUGUUUUUCCGUUACCAAUUAUCGACACAACAUACGUUCAUCUGCAACUGGUCGAAGGAAUCAAUAAUGACGUGGCGGUCAGUGCAAUCGUGGACGGUGGGCAUGUUUUCCUGCAACAGCCACUGCACCCGUCCUUCCAAUCAUUGAAUGCAAUGCAACAUUGCCUGAACCAGAGCUACAACAUGCUGGAAACACCACAACUUUUGAACGUUUUCGAGAACGCCAUCUGCGUAGGAUGCAUUCAAGGUGUAUGGUACAGAAUACAGAUAGUCUCGCACCAACCCACGGAGCAAUACUGUGUUAUCAAACUAUUAGAUUUUGGAGGCUAUGAGACUGUGUCGACUGCAAGCCUAAGACAAAUAAGAACCGAUUUUAUGACCGUGCCGUUCCAAGCCAUCGAGUGCGUACUGUCCAACGUGCGACCUGUUGGUGAAAACGGCUGGUCACCUGAGGCAAAAAGUGUUAUUUGUAGACUAUCCCACGGGAAGAUACUUCAAGCGCAGGUUGCUGGUCAUACUGCUGAAGGAUUGCCUGAAAUAUAUUUGUUCACUUCAUUAGCUAGAGAUAACAUCGUAUUCAUUAAUCAAGAGCUUGCAGCUCUCAAUCUGGCAAUUUGGGAGGAUUAAAACAACCAAAACAAUGGCACAUCAUUUCGAUUGCGUGCCGGAGUACCACAAGAGUGGCUCAUUAUUUAUUAAGUAGAAAACAAAGAUUACAAUUUAACUUAACAAAAGUUUCCAUGUCAGUAGGAAUAUUGAACCCUAUUGAUAACAACAGAACAAUAUGCUACAGAAGCAAGCAAUAGCGAAAAGUUAGUAACAGUGCUAAACAAUCAACAUCCACUGCUAGAUAUAUGUAGAGGAAAAGCACGAUAUGGCAAUGAGUAACAUCUAACAUGGAAUGCUAGGAGAGAAACUGAUAUUUUUUACAAAGUAAACUAGUAGGUUCUAAUGUACUCACAAGGUAAGAAGCGGCUCCUUUCUCAGAAACAGUGUCGUUUAUCCAAAAGAGCAUCCCAUUCCUAUUAGUCUGUUAGAUAUUCUCGUACACUGAAGAACCCGUACGAAUUUGCACAUUUUUAUAUCUUUUUCAUAAAAGCCAACAAUUAUCAUAGAAGGAACAUUCGUUGGUUAUUUAUUGCGUAUUUAAUUUUUUCUUCUUGAAUUGGAUGACAUUAUUUUAAUGAAUUGAAUUAGAUGUAAGUAGAAUGGUUUUAAAAUUAUUUCCAUUAGUUUUGAUUGAAUUUACAGUUGAUUUCAAAUAACAUUUCAGCGUAGAAUUUUGUAGACCCUUCAAAAUUACUAUUAAAUGAAUGCAGAUUGUUAAAAUAUUUUAAAUGGGAUUUUUUCUUCCAAUAUUGUGAGGUUCAAAAAUACAGAUGAAGAUUCCAACAGAUUUAAUUUUCAAAACAACAGUUGAAGCUUGUUUCUGCUGCAUCAUUAAUAUUUAUUAAUUUCUAUUCCUAAUAUAACAUUGUACAGCCGCAAUAAAACUAUGGGUUUAAACUAUGAAACAAUCUUAAAGAUGAGGUUUUUUUUUUUAAUUCAUUACAAUUAUAGCAAUUCGUACGUUAAGUUUUUUUCAGUAAAGAUAUCACCUAAACAGUUGAAUCCAUGGCUAACUAUUUGAAUAAUGGAAAGAUAGUAGCAGACAUAAAUUUUCGAUAUCUAACUAGCAGAGAAUGAAGCAUACUAUCUUAUUUCAUCAAAAGGAGCUUUCGAUGAACCAACGUUUCUAACUAUCGUAAGUUUUAGAAGGAAACCUGUACUGAUUUGUUAGGAUUACAUGUAAUAAGCACUCACUAAAAUGUUGUGAAUUUCUGAAUUUCUUUUCAAAAAUUGUUUGAUUCUUGAAUUUUCAGUUAUUAACACGUAAAUUAAUUUUCCUUCGGUAAAGUGUCAAAUAUGAACUCAGGCAAUAAGGAUUUACAGCUUCAAUACUCGUGACACCAUUAUAUUAAAACAUAUCCUUGUGACGUUUUUCUUAGCAACAAAAAAUCAGUGUUUAAAUUUGUUUUCAUUUACUUUUGGGGAUGCAUAACUACCAAUAGCACACUUGUGUAAAUAGAUUCAAUUCCCUGAACGAAUAGUUAUAGAUAAGGUUUUUCAAAACGAUAGGUGAACAAUGACAAAUUGAAAAUGGAAAACGCAACUUUCAUUCAGUCCAUUUCAUUUCAAGCAAACAUCCUUAAAUUGUUUCGUUGUAACAUAGCUCUUACACCAGGCUUAAGUAAUAAUUAUUUUAAUGUUAAGAUAUUCUGUGAUUAUUAUAUAAAUUCAUAAAAGAAGAAAUACGCGAAACGAAACAAGUUGAUAUACAUACAUUUGUCGUUAUAAAAUUAAUCCAUCAGACAAAAAUGACCUAUAACACAAACAGCCACGCCGAAUUAAAAUCCUCCGGGUGCAACAAAUUAAAUUACAUGAGUGUACCUACAGCAAAAAAACGUUCAGUUCAUUUUGAAAACUAGUUCCUCAAUUAGAUAAAACUUCCAAAUGCUGUUAAACAGUCAAAAUAAUAAGCAAACGUAAAAAAAUACCAAUAUAAACGGUUGCGUAUUUUAAGAAAAAAUAGUCUGUGUGUGUAGGUAGCAUGUUUACUAAUUUGAAGCAACACAAAUAAAUGACGAGAACAGAAAAAAAUAAUCAUUCGCUCGCAUCGUUCGCUUCUACCGGCAAUAUCGUUUGAUGGUAUUUGCUCGCAGCAGCUGGCCGUUCUAAAAACCCGUGGGCAUAGAUCAAAGAUCCUAAGUUGCAACAUAUUAAAAAACUACUUUAUACACUCAUUAACUAAAAAACAACUGCCUUGAAGUCGACGAAUGACGAAAAAGAUAUAAAAAACAAAAAUAGCGCAAACUCUAAUUACAAACCAGACCUAGAUCAAAAAACUUUAAAAAAAACUUACUCGAAAGAAAAAUAAAUAGCAAACAAUGAUAAAAGCGAAGUAUAUAGCAUUUUGAACAACAAAAUCAACUUAAGAAGGCUGCAUUGCUUGAAAUAGAUUCUACGAAUUCUGCUAAGGAUACUAGUUUUUGAUGAUUUACAAUUUGCGCUUUCAACAAUUUCGAAAAAAUGUUACGAAUGGUUUUGAAAAACCUGUGUUAUGUAAAUAGAAACUGAAUAUACAAUAAACCAAUUCAAUUGAUUGAUUAAAAUAUAA